AUGGUGGAAGGUGCAAUACAGCAUACUGCAAUCUAUGCAGGCCAAGAAUUGUGGCACUUUAUUUACAAAAUUUCCAGAAGAAGUAGUGUCUGUUCAGAUUUACAAAGCAAUGUUAGUGUGACAAGCCAGCCCAGAAGGAAAUGGACCGCAGAAGAAGACAGGAAGCUGAAAGCAGGUGUGAGGAAGUAUGGGGAGGGCAAAUGGAGAAUGAUCCUGAAUGACUUUGAGUUUGACAACCGCACCGGUGUUAAUCUGAAGGACAGAUGGAGAAUCCUGAAGAAAAUAGAAGACUAUUGAGCUGCCGGCGGCUUCUGCUUUUAGUAUUUAAAGAGCUUUAGCGUUGAGGUUUUCAGUAUUUAAGUUGUUUUCAGUCACUUUUUAAAAGUGUAUUCCUCCUUUCUUUUAUUUCGGUUAAGUUUACGUAAUGCAUUUAUUCACACAAGUGUUUCAGAGUUCAGUGAAUAAUUCCAUUGUUAUGCAUGUAAUUUCACGAAAUAUGUUUGGAAUUCAGGAGCGCCGUUUUGUAAAUUAAAAGUAAAAACUAUUUAGCAGAAAUAUCACUGCUGGAAAAACAGCUUUAAAAUCUUUCCGUUGCUGUUUGUUUGAACUGUAAGACCAACAUUUGUCCAGUAGAGAAUGCAAGUGAGUUUGCAAGUUUUGUUUUUUUUUGCUUUCAAUCUGUUCCUAGAGAUUUUCACAGGGGGGGGAACUAAUUUGAAUCUACAACUGUAAAAACUAAAGAACUUUUAAUAAAUGUAUGUGAAAGUGGGA